GUCCACCUCAAGUAUUUCUGCUACCUCUGCCACCAUUUCUGGUGUGCUCCCUCUUCGCUCCCCCCCUCCACCAUCAAUGCCCUAGUUUGCUCAUUAGUCCUCAAAGCAAGCUUCCCAUCGGUUGGUUCCAAGUCCCUCAUUUCAUUGGUUCAUUCUUUCAGCUGACUGACAGCCAUGGGUUCGGUCUCUGCCGACUACCACCAGCUCGCGUCAGCUCCGUGCCAAGACCAUCGCCGGAACCAGACGUGCUGCUGCCACUCGAGAAAGCGAAAAUCGUAUUCCGACGAGCUUGACGGCGAGCUCGACACCUCCUCUAGCCCGCCGAAAAGGGGCCGCGACGCAACGCGCUCCUCGCCCGCUACAUCAUCGCCUUACGUUUUCCCAGAGGCGAGUCAACGAUUGGGUGAUUAUUUCGAGAUGGACAGCAGAAUUUUGGGAACGGGGAAAUUUGGAACCGUGCGGCGAUGCACUUGCCGAUCAACAGGCGUGCAAUACGCGUGCAAGUCCAUUUCAAAGGCGACGCUUAUCGAAGCAGACGAUAUCGAGGACGUGCGUCGCGAGGUGCGUCUGCUGCGGCAGGCGAUGGGCCAUCCGGGCAUCAUGCGACUCCACGCAGUGUUCGAAGAUGACCGCGACGUGCAUCUGGUUACCGAGCUCUGCGACGGCGGCGAUCUCUUCGACGAAAUCGCGCGACGCGGGCGAUUCAGCGAGCGGGACGCGGCGCAGGUGUUCAUGCAGGUGGCGUCGGCCGUCGCGUUCUGCCACUCGCGCGGCGUCAUGCAUCGCGACAUCAAGCCCGAAAAUAUCCUCCUCUCCUCCUCGCCGCUCCUCGCAUCGGAAACCACGUCAGCGGUAAAUCCGGCAUCAAACUCGGCGGAAAACCUGGAGGAAUCUCAGCCAUUCCUCGCGAGACAUCGCUCGUACCAUUCCAUGAAACUCGCGGAUUUCGGCCUCGCGGUUCCCCUCGACCGCGGCGAGACCACAACAGGGCCCGCGGGCUCGCCGUACUACAUGGCGCCGGAGGUAAUCACCGGGGAUUACGGCCUCCCCGCUGACGUCUGGUCCCUAGGCGUCGUGCUCCAUAUUCUGCUAAGCGGGUCGCCACCUUUCUGGGGCCCGGACGACCAGGGGAUUCUGGACAGCGUGGUGAAGGGGCGGGUGGAUCUGGGGGGAGAGUGUGCGGCGUGGGCGGGCGCGCGGGUGUCGGCGGAGGCGCGCGGGCUGAUUCGGUGCAUGUUGGAGAGAGACCCGCGGCGACGACCGUCCGCCAGCAAGUUGCUCUCGCACCCCUGGCUGCUGCUGCACGCCUUCGGCGGACGGAUAAUGCGCAAGGCCAAGGGGUGCGUGCACGCGGAGGGGGGAAACCCCGCGGCGGGGACUUCGAAUGUGAUUGUAUCGAAUGUUGGUGCGGCGGGAGGGAGGUGAGGUGGCGCGGAGCGGGGUCCUUGCGCACGAAGGGGGGACCCAAUGUUGCGCGCGCGCUCCCUCUCGGGCAUUGAUUCGCGGGAUAAGGAGGCCCAGCGGGUUGGCUCAUAAGCGGAGCAUGCCCGCGCUGGAGGCAUUGUUGUGCUCCACGGCGCAGACCGUUGUCAGAAAUAUCACCCGGCGAAACGAAACGCGCGCCCCUGACCUAGAAGAUGUGUCCGAGGUCAGGGGUGUAGCAAUUGAAGUCCCGAACCCUACUACAGCAAGGACCACUGGUGCAACACUGUGAUAAAACCAGACUCCGUUCCGUACAGAUCCUCACGUCCAUGUAUUCUGUACA